CCCUCAGUAGUCAGUAAGCUACGUGUAAGCAGUCUGAAACGGACACCCUCAUUCCCAUCCUGAGCGAGAGAGAGAGAGGGGUAGUGAGAGCGAGAGAUUAAGAGAGAGAGAGAGAGAGAGAGAGAGAGAGAGAGAGAGGAUUGAAGAAGAGAAACAUGAGGAUGCCAUUCAAAGGAGGAAUCGGGGGAGGAAGCGGAAACAGGGGCAUGUUGAGGUCAGUCGGAAGAGGUGUUAGAGCCGGUGUUGGCAGUGUCCAAGACCCUUUCUCCACCUCCACCGCCACCGCCACCGCCACCGCCGCUUCUAGACCCACCCAUCAAAAACCCACUUCCGCCAAUCACCGCCCUCUCUCUUCCACAUCCUCAUUUUCUUCAUCUAACCUUCCCAUCCCUGCCACUUCCUUUGCUCCCGGUAGGCCCUCUCCUCUCUCUCGCUCUGAUGAGUGGGACUGGGAGUGUGUGGACGCCAUUGAGGAUGAAAGAGCAAGUGGGUAUUUCGAUGACUAUGUUUUUGGGUCUCUUCCUUCCAAGGAUGAGGUUGAAACUGCCCUUUCUGCUCUUCGACAGGUUCUUGAACCUUCAUGUGCAGGGUUCAACAAUAAACUUACUAAUACUUCAGACAAGGAUGUGGCAGAUCAGAAAACUGUUCCAACUAGUUUGAUGCAUGUUGCUUCCUCAAUUGGGUCAGAUUCAGAUUCGAAUGAGCCCUCUUGGCAACUGUAUAAUUCAACAAUGUUCCAAACUCAUGGAUCUAGCAGAGUUUAUGAUGCUUUCCAUUUGUUGCAAACCGAGCCAUCUGUUCAGAGAAUGGUCAUUUCAUUAUCAUCGGAUAAGGCUGUUUGGGAUGCUGUUUUGAGCAAUGAGGUGGUAAAAGAGGUCAGAGAGUCAUGCUAUGCAGCUGAAAACAAUUCUCUGAAAAGCCCAGAUGAGAGUUCUAGUGCUUCUAGUCCAGCAAGAAGCAUACUAGGCUUGUUUUUUGACAGCACCAAGGCAAAAGUUACGGACCUAAUUGAGAAAAUUACAAAGCUUGUGAAUCAGCUGUUUCAAUCUCCGGAUGCUGAGAAGGCAACAGGAGGAGCUGCUCCAAAUACCUUUGGGGAAAGGUUGAAAUCUUCAUUCCUGAUCUCUGUCGUGGUCCUGUUGAUUGUGGUUGCGACUCGAGCACGCAGAGCUUGAUCAUCAUUUGACGACAUUACAGCUAGAUUUCCUCAAGUGGGUCAUUUGUAGGAGUGCUGGCUUCCUGUUUGGUUGUAUCAUUGCACAUAUUUUUAUUGAAGUUUGGGAAGGGACUUGUUUUCUCUCUUUUCUGGUUGGGAAAGUAGUGUGCAAGUUGUGUACAGAAGGGUCACUUGAGGACUUUAAUGCAGGCCAUCGCCAGGAUGUUUUGCAUUGCGUGUUCAUGCACAAGUAGAUGGUUUUUUUGUUUUUGUUUUUAACAGGAUAAUUGCAAUUUGAAAAAAAUAUAAUAUUUUUUAAUGCUUUACUUGUUA